UCUAUCGAUGUUUUGCAAACAGUUCGGUUGGCUCUGUGGCAAGUGUGGAAGCGUCGCUGGCACUAGCAAGUCUGGGAGACUUUUCUUCUAUUGCUAAUCCUGUGGUUGCAGCUUCUACAGGAAGUUAUGCUGUUUUGCCCUGUAAUGCACCACCUAGUGUACCUGAAGCAUCAAUUUAUUGGACUAGAAAUGGUCUUAGUAUUGAUUUUGAUUCAUCAAGAAGACAAAUGUUCACACUUGAUGGGGACUUGGUGAUAUCACCAAUCAAUUCUGGUUCUGCUGCAGCAUAUCAAUGUGUCGUUGAGAACAAAUUGUUGAAAAAGAAGAAAUCAGUUAGUUAUUUUUUGACCGUCUCGGGAACUUCUGUUACACAGACACCAAAUGUUCUUUAUGAACCUGCAGAUACUGAAGUUGUUGUGGGGUCGAAUGCUGUUUUUCAGUGUAUUGUUGUUGACAAAUUUAUACAAGCUGUACAGUGGAAGAAGGAUGGAUCCAGCUCACUAUCAAGACCACGAGUCAGUACAGCAGAGAAUGGACGGAAGUUGCGAAUUGCUAAUGCAGGGAAGGCUGAUGAAGGUGUAUACACGUGUGUGUAUGGGUUAAUGACCAAAUCAGCCAAACUGACUGUGUUAGUGCCUCCUGUUAUUCACAAUGGUCCGCAAGAUGUAAUGACGACUGUUGGCGGAAAUGUUGUUCUUGUGUGUAACACGUCUGGUGUUCCAUCACCCAACGUGAAUUGGAGAAGAAAUGGUGUGUUGUUUACUGGAAUGACAAGUAGAGUGGGGUCAGCUCAUAUGCUUACGUUGACGGCUGUUCGAGAGAGUGACAGUGGAGCUUACCAGUGCAUUUCAAGUAACAAGGCUGGAAGUGUACUUGCGAGUGCUGCUGUUGUUGUACAAUCGUUUUCUCCAUCGUUUACUACUGAUUGCUUGCUACAAUCGACGGUGAUCGCCUUCCAAGCUUCACAAUUGACUCUUUGCUGCACAGCAGCUGCAUCUCCACCUCCGACUUACAGUUGGCUGUUCCAUGGUCAAUCUCUAGUACAAAACUCCCAUCUUCGAAUCCUACAGACGGGAAGUCUGGUCAUCCAAAACGUGAAAGUUUCUACGGGAGGGAAAUACACUUGCAUUGCAACCAACAAGAAAGGCAGCAUCGAUCAAUCAACAGUUGUAAAAGUGUAUAGUCAAACUAUUAUUAAGGACAAUGUGAAGAAGGUGUAUGGUCGUGUAGGAGAGCCGGCUUCUCUAAGUUGUGAAGUGCAGUAUGAUAAUCGAGUAUUUGUGACGGUGCAGUGGACUAGGUUGGGAAAUCUGGUCGGCUCUAUGUCUACAAAAUACGCUGUUACUGGCCACACUUUAGUAAUUUCCAACGUGACGGUAGCCGAUGGUGGAGAAUACAGAUGUGAUGUGAGAACUCGCAUCACGGCACGAGGACAAUAUGUGAAUGUGAUACAUCGGAUUAUUGAAUUGGCAGUACAAGAGCGUCCAAGUCCACCGGUGAGUGUCAAAGUUUUUAAUGUUGAAUCAACGGCUGCUGCCGUAGAGUGGCAUGCGCCGCUAUUUCAAGGCAACACGAAGAAUCAGAUCGUGUACUUUGUUGAGUAUAACUCGUCAUUGAGCAGCAGCUUCGUUCGAAGUCCAACACAAACGGACGAGACUACUGCUCGUAUCAGUGGACUCUACCCGUAUGUUAGCUAUCAGUUUAGAGUUGUGGCUCGCAAUGAUGUGGAUGAGAGCAGCCCUAGUCUACCAUCCGUCUUAGUACAGACGUUGCCAGACAGACCAUCAUUACCUCCUUCAAACUUACAAGCGGUGGCUGAUUUGGAAAAUCGUGAUAAUUCUCUUGUUGUCACGUGGGAAGAAACGCAUGUUCCUGGAGUCAAUGGUCCGGUUGUUGAGUAUCAUGUAGAAUAUAGACGAAACAAUGCAUCUCGAUCUGAUACGUGGAUUCGCGUCAUUGCGACCAAUUCGAGCCUCAAUUUGUCUCUGACUUCGUUAGACGUUUACACCACGUACUCUUUAAGAAUUCGUGUUGUGAACAGUGAAGGCGUCGGACCUUGGAGUAAACAGUAUAUUGCACAGACUGGAGAAUCAGUUCCAUCUGAUCCACCGAAGAUCACAAGAGUGGAUGUGCUUGGUGCUACUUCUUUACAAGUGGAAUUCAUACCUCCAGCUGUGAACUAUCACAACGGCAUUCUACGUGGAUUUAAGGUAUGGUAUUGGCCGAAUGAAAAACAACUUGACAUUCCUGAUAAUCGACUUGAAUGGGACAGUUUCAGCACACAAGUUACCACAGCUAUUCUAAAUGACUUGGAACCGAACACUGUUUACAAUCUGGUUAUGGUGGCUUAUAACAACGCGGGCAAUAGUCCAGUGAGUCUGCUUAUGCGAGGGACAACAGCAGAAGCAGCACCCGAUGUAGUGACUGAUGUUGUGUUUGCUCACGACAUUGCUAACGGACAACUCACAGUUCAGUGGCAGCCACCUAAGCGACAUAACAGUGCGAUAACAAACUACCUCAUUACCUACACUCGAGUAGGCAAUAGUGUGGGCGAGACAGUGCUGGUUGGAAAGGACACACUAAAGGUCAUCUUGAAAGGCAUUGAGUCGGAUACGAUGUACAACAUUAGCAUACAAGCUAAAUCGUCAGCUGGACAUGGCGUUAUAUGGACAAAGAGCAUUGUGUUUGGAGAAGGACUUCCUGGUCCUCCGACGAGUGUUCGUGUCAGCAUUGUGGACAACCGACCAACAAUCAGUUGGGCACCAUAUGCAGAUGGCAGUGGCGACAUCGUUGGGUUUAAGGUCGAGUACAGGGAAAAAUCUCAACCUGAAUGGCUACCGUACAGUGGAGAGAUUUCGUUGAUGGAUAAUGAGGUUGUGCUACCAGCGGAUCUUUUUCAUGGUGGUGCUGUGGAGUAUGAGUAUCGCGUAGCAGCUAGAAAUGCAGAAGGGUUUGGAAGUCCGACUGUAGCACAAGAAACCAGCGGGUUUACGUCAGGAGAUGAAAUUUAUGAUGCGGCGUGGUUUCUGCCAGCUGUAGCCAGCAUUGGAGGAUUAGCACUUGUUGCUGUGAUAAUAGGGAUUGCGGUGUGCUGCAGACGACGCAGAAUUUCAUACAAAGUGAAUAGAGCAAAUAGUGAAAUGGAUGCUAUAGAGGAAAGAUUCCCACCUGCUAGCCGAAGUACUUCAAAUGGGGUCCUCCCAUUGUCUCCAAGUGUUAGAUUAGCCGCACUGAAGUCCAGCCACCCGGAGUCACUACUCAGUAGUUCUGAUAAUUUGUCGGCACUCGGUCCACCAGCCUAUAGCCACAAUUGCAACCCUUACGAGCAGACGUGGAUCGAGCAGCACGACACUUCUUGUGCCGAGUCACAUACAUGUACUGUGUCUUCAUCGGAUGUCGACAAAGCUGAAGCAAUUGGGAAUGAAUACAGUGAGAUUCCUGAAGAGCCUCGCUUUGCCACACUUAGGCGUAUGCUGGCUUUAGCCGAUGAAGCGUCAAAUGAAGGAGUCUCAUCUAGGGAAGCUUCGACUACCAGAGCUACAGUUGGAGGAUCAUUGAGUGGAGAAGAUGAACCGUCAUCAGUGUCCACAUUUGUUUGAUAUGGAGUAUUGUUUUGUACCCGAGAUACAAUGGUAACUGUUGAAUACAUCAACAGACAACAACUUAAUACCAAGUUUGACGAUAAUUAUUUGUUUAGUUAGAUCUCUUUACGUUUACAGUAGUUGUUAUAUCAUACAAUUUCUUAGAUAGGUUUUUACUACGUUUCCAUAGUUGUUAGUACUGCUGGGACUUUCAGUAAUGUGCCAAGUUAAUAAAGAAAUUCGGUUUUGUAGC